CAUAUAAGGAGUGUGUGAAGUGUUGUCAUACUAUUUGUGCGAAAACGUGUUGUGAUUGUGUAGCGAAAGAGUGGUCACAAAGUGUGGUCUCCGUUCAUAUCGAAAGACAAUGAGUGGUACUCUGGAGAGGAUCGCCGCCAUUGAGGCCGAGAUGGCUCGGACGCAGAGGAAUAAGGCAACGAUGGGUCACUUGGGACUACUGAAGGCCCGGUUGGCGAAACUCAGGCGCGAAUUGAUUACACCGAAGGGCGGCGGCGGAGCCGCCGGCGAGGGCUUCGAUGUGGCGAAGACUGGCGACGCCCGCAUCGGCUUUGUUGGCUUCCCCUCUGUCGGGAAGUCCACAUUACUGACCACUUUGGCCGGUGUCUACUCCGAAGUGGCCGCCUAUGAGUUCACCACUUUGACCACUGGUUUGAUUGAUUCAUUGAUUAUUAUUAACCAUACGUUUAAUUACCGAUGCGUUUGUAUUUGCGGUUUAGUUCCCGGAGUUAUCAAAUACAAGGGCGCGAAGAUUCAACUCUUGGAUUUGCCCGGUAUUAUAGAGGGCGCUAAGGAUGGCAAAGGUCGCGGUCGUCAAGUGAUAGCAGUGGCGNUUGGCGCGAAGAUUCAACUCUUGGAUUUGCCCGGUAUUAUAGAGGGCGCUAAGGAUGGCAAAGGUCGCGGUCGUCAAGUGAUAGCAGUGGCGCGAACCUGUACUUUGAUUUACAUUGUUUUGGAUGUCUUGAAGCCAUUGCAACACAAGAAGCUGAUCGAGAAAGAGUUGGAGGGCUUCGGUCUACGGCUGAACAAAGACCCGCCGGCGCUGACGGUCCGCAAGAAAGACAAGGGAGGCAUAAAUCUGCAGUGUUUGGUACAGCAGACGGAACUGGAUUUAGAGACGGUUAAGACAAUCCUCUCUGAAUACCGCAUACAUAACGCCGACGUCUUCAUCAAAUAUGACGCCACGAGUGAUGACUUGAUAGAUGUGGUGGAAGGCAACCGAAUAUAUGUUCCGUGUAUUUAUAUACUCAAUAAAAUCGAUCAAAUCUCGAUCGAAGAGUUGGACAUUAUCUACCGAAUCCCUCAUACGGUUCCCAUUUCAGCCCAUCAUAAGUGGAAUUUCGAUGAUUUACUAUAUAAGACAUGGGAUUAUCUGAAACUGCAGCGAAUUUACACCAAACCGAAGGGACAACUGCCUGAUUACGAGUCGCCUGUAAUCCUAAGCCAAGACAGGCUCACUGUGGAGGACUUUUGCAAUAAACUGCACAAAUCUAUUAUGAAAGAGUUUAAAUAUGCAUUGGUUUGGGGAACAUCUGUCAAACAUAACCCUCAAAAGGUAGGCAAAGAUCAUCUCCUCAACGACGAAGACGUCGUACAAGUGGUCAAAAAGAUUUAAAUGAAAUCUCUGGCAGUUUUGUACAACUAAUUUGAUUGGAUUUUAAGUUUUGUAAUUUAUAUUAAAACCUAUUUUUAAAUAAAACAAUUGUCUGUUUUUGCGAACAAUUAAUAAAUUAAAUGCAAAAUUGAAGUGAAAAGCAAAAUAAA